AUGGCGGGACUCACGGUUUUUGUUUUGUUCUUGACAACCUGGAUUUUCCAAGCGUAURCUUUCAAAAUUCCUUAUUCAGACCCCAGUACGUGUACCUCGAGUCAAUAUUUCAGGUUUUCUUCCCUAGAAUGUGUUGAAUGUGGGUCAGGAAAGACACGUAGCGACGAUGGUUUGUCAUGUUUGUGCAUCCCUGGUUACAAGAUUACAGAAGACAACGGUGGACCUGACUUGAAGUGUGAAUCCUGCUAUGACAGUGGGAGUAAUAUUAACAAGACUACGUCUUUAGAUGGGUGGUCUUGUGUAUCGUGUCCUCUUAUUGUCGGUUUUGACCCCAGUAAUAAUAAAUGCUUCGAUUGUUCGUCCGGUUCUGUGCCUAUCGACAGAAAUUUAGAUGGAAGCAAGCUUGGUCAAAGAGCUUGUAUUACUUGCUUACAAGACACAAGUCCGGUGACGGACGGUGGUUCUUGCAGGCGUUGUCAUUCGAGUUUCUUGCAARCUAAUGCAUCUAGAAGUGUCUGUGAUUGUCCAAGCGAUUCCUACCAGGUCACUGGAGGUGUCUGUCUGUCCAAGUCAAARCUUGUCACUGAAAAAGGCAGUGAGUUAUACACGGUAACCUAUGACRACGACAAAAAGAUUGUUUCCUCAUUUUUCAAGGAGAAUUUCCAAGCUGCACAGGUCCUCUGUAAAGACUAUCAAAAUUUUACUGCAUGUCAACUUCUGGGAAAUUUGUGCGUUUUGCUGGAUUACACCAGAGAUCUUGCACAAUCAAAAACCCAAUCAGAUGCCUGUAAAGUGUACAUAGAUAUCUCAGCYAAUAAGGAGAAGGUUAAUGGGAACCCUGACUGGCCUAUCAAUAUGCCGUGGUUAUACUUUGCAGAAAGGGACCAAGACGCUGUGGAUACCCUUGACAGGAGAGACAUCAAAACUAGGUUUACAGCCAAUGGCAGAUUGACUUUUACUCUUGCUAUAUUCACCUUAAAUGGUAGUUUCAYUGGGYUUGAGAAUGACACUUCAAGACUCCAAAUCUGUCAAGACAGGGAGACAAAGAUGGAUGCYRCAAGUAAGUUUGCAACAACUUUCAUCUCAUCCUGCUCUGUUCCAGUCAGCAAACUUCUAUCCAUGCCGAUGUAUUUCUACGACAUGUACAUUCUCUUGGACAACAAAGAACUGUAUGCCCUCCCUGUUCUCCUUCAGAAUUACAUAUUUAAGAAUGAACCUGUGAACACCAAAAGUGACCGAACCAACUGGCAGUUGACAAGGAGAUUUUUCCUGGUAGAGAAUCUUGUAGGACGGACAUCAGCUAAUGAGAAAGUUACUAUGAUUAGGUAUGCGAAAGAGAUUGAAGUCAUUAUACGAUUAAGAUCAUCUAAUGGAGAAAUCCAUCCACCGUACCUCAAGAUAACCUAUGACUCRAUCGAUGUGUCAAAUGCAGCUGAAGUUGCCAAGUCCAGUAAGUCUGUGUCAUACAAAGUCACAUAUGAGAUGAAUGAUUCUGAAAUAAAGGAUGAUACAAUGACUGCAAUUGGAUGUCUAUCAGGAUUGGGUGCCAUACUUGCYCUCAUCAAAGUUCUUGGUUGGCGGCGCCGUUAUGGAACUGAGAAUAUAGACUGCCCUACCCUGUUGAAGUGGAUUCUGUACUCAUUUGGAUCCUUGUCUACCAUGUACUUUUKGAUAAUCACGGGCCUCUCCAUACAGUGGCUCAUUUUCUUUAAACAACAAGACAUUGUUUACCGAUUCCUUCCAAAUGAGAGUCAAGGAAGACUAUUCCGUGAUUUACUCAUUGUUGCUUUUGUGUUCAAGUUAGUUGAUGUGGUCCAUUUGAUAGUGGUACAGAUAUCUAUUGAUAUAUUCUUCGUUGAUUGGGAGAGGCCAAGAGGUAGAAUAACCCAGCCUAGCCAAGGGGGUGAAAAUGCACCCAUGGACGCACCCAUUAGCAUCUGGAGGACAUUAUUUGUUGCAAAUGAAUGGAACGAGAUUCAAACAAUGAGAAAAAUUAGCCCUGAAUUGCAGAUCUUCGCCACACUGUUCUUCCUCAAAGUAGCUGGCUUUGAGCACCUCGCUACUACAGACCCCAUAAGUCGUUUUAAAGUGGAUCCUACGACUGAGUACAUUGGAGAGUACAGCCCUAUUCUUAGGUUUGCAGUCUUAACCAUGGUAUAUUUGUGCAUAGAGUGUGUACAGUGGUUUUACUUUGCUUUUAUUUACGAGAGGUUUGUUGGCGAUGCUUUGGGAGACUUUGUAGACCUGUGCUCUAUGGCAAAUGUCAGCAUUUUUAUCAUGGAGAACACCCUCUUUGGAUACUACAUCCAUGGCCGAUCGGUACAUGGUCGUGCAGAUACCAACAUGAAGGAGAUUAACGAGCAGAUUAAGAGAGAAGAGGAGGACUUGUGUGGCAAGCGAGGGUURGAGCCUAAUUCUGAUCACCAGACGUUUGAAGCAGGGUUACCUCAUAAGUUUCGCCAGCAGUACAAUCAGGUUGUGGAGCCACUACGGCACAGGGACCAGCAAGCACAGAGAAGAAACCUUCCAUCAUCUGCACCAGGUGCGACAGGUAGUCUUCCCAUAGCAGUAGAGCGCAGUAUUCAAGCUUACAUGGCAAUGAACAGAUUUCUAUCUGGAUUCAUCGACCACUCGCUCCGUGAUCUGGACUAUCUGGUCUACGACAAGCUUCUCUUUGAAAGAAUCUUCAACAUAGAGGUAAGGGAACAGCCAGUCGAUAAAGCCAUCUUCUACAAGGACGACGGAAAGUCUUUCAAUUCUGUGCUAUUUUAUGGUAACGAAUGGACGCUGAUGUUGUUUGAUUUGCUCUUCUUUGGUAUUGUUGACUAUAUCUCUACGAACUAUGUGUUAGCUGGGGUGCUGACUUACUUUAUUAGUAAGAUAUUAGUCAUUGUAAGGGACAGCUUUGGUAGGAAGAACCUCGCUAGAAAGACAAUGGUAGAUCAAAGGUUCCUUAUUUAAUUCCGUUCUACAUAUACAACGAUACUUUUUCACUCAUAAGUCCCCCCCCGGGGUAAGAUGUUGACUCGACUGCUUCUUAACCUUUCAUUGUACAUAAAAACAUGUUUUACUAUCAUGCAAACUUUAUAGAACGUUGUUAAGAUAAUAUAAAGUUUAUUUAAUUAAUAGUGUAUUUAUCUAUUUAAUAAUAAUAUCAAUAACAACAACACUUAAUUGAGUUGUAAUGGAGUCAUUUCACUCAAGUAAAACUAUCUAAGUUUUACUAACCUCUCUUACCAUAACUAGGCUCUUCAUGCCUAUCAUGUUUUUUCUUAAACCCCGUUUACACUGGCGAUUUU